GAAAAGUUGAUAUAAGAAUCAUCUCUUAGUUUGGAAGCAAAAUUGUUGUUAUAUAUAUAUAAAAAAACAUAUCUUAUUAUAUUUCUACGUUACACUAAAGCGACAUGAAAGACAAUACAAGCUGGUCUUGUUCUUGGUCUUCGUGGAAACUAUGUUUGUUGUCUGUUCUCUUCCUAACGGAGACGAUUGCCGCCGUGAAGCUGCCGCCAAAAUUGAUUGUUCCGGCCCUUAUCGCUUUCGGAGACUCCAUCGUCGACACCGGGAUGAACAACUUUGUCAAAACCGUAGUGAAAUGCGAUUUUCGUCCUUACGGUAUAAAUUUCCAAGGUGGAGCUGCCACGGGGAGGUUCUGCGACGGACGAGUCCCUGCCGAUUUGCUAGCCGAAGAACUGGGAAUAAAAUCAACUGUGCCAGCAUAUUUCGAUCCGACGUUAAAAUCCAAAGAUCUUUUAACCGGUGUGUCAUUUGCGUCAGGGGGUUCUGGUUAUGAUCCGAUAACACCAAAACUCGUGUCAGUACUAUCAUUAGAAGAUCAGCUAAAUUAUUUCGAGGAGUACAUAGAGAAAGUGAAGAAUAUAGUUGGGGAAGAAAAAAAAGACUUCAUAAUAGCCAACAGCUUAUUCUUAGUGGUCGCAGGCAGCGACGACAUAGCCAAUACAUACUAUACUCUUCGUGCAAGACCUCAAUACGACGUCGAUGCCUACACUACUCUUAUGUCUGACUCUGCCACAGAUUUUGUGACUAAACUAUAUGGAUAUGGAGUGAGAAGACUGGCUGUGUUUGGUGCACCACCGAUUGGGUGUGUACCAUCACAGAGAACCUUAGGAGGAGGUAUCAUGAGAGAUUGUGCUGAGAGUUACAACGUAGCAGCAAAGCUUUUCAAUUCAAAGCUCUCCCCAAAAUUGGAUAUGUUGCAUAAAACUCUACCGGGUAUCAGACCCGUCUACAUUAAUAUCUACGAUCCUCUUUUUGACAUCAUCCAGAAUCCAGCUAAUUACGGGUUUGAAGUGGCUAAUAAAGGAUGCUGUGGAACAGGAGCCAUAGAAGUUGCCGUGUUGUGCAAUAAAAUCACAUCUUCCGUAUGUCCCGACGUGUCUAGUCAUGUCUUUUGGGACAGUUAUCAUCCUACGGAGAAAACGUACAAAGUGUUAGUCUCAUUGUUGAUUAACAAAUUUGUUAAUCAGUUUGUCUGAAAUUUAAAACUAUUUCCAUGGCACAAUGGUUAACUGUAUUUCAUCACAUCUUGUAAUUUGUAUUAUUUGAAAGUUGUAUUCAAUCUACAUAUUAAUAUGUAAUGUUGUUUCAUU